AUGGAAUUUGCCAAUGAAGAUGAAUUAGGAUCUGAUGAAGAAACCUAUGACGAAGUCGAUUAUUAUGCAAAAGCAAAAUUAAGUUUUGUUAAAGAAGAAUCAGUAUUAGAAUGGUGACAAAAAUGGUCAUUGAAUUAUCCACAACUUAGUGUACUGGCAAAAUGGCUAUUAGGAAUUCCAGCUAGUUCAGCAACAAGCGAAAGCAUUUUCAGUGCAAGUGGAAGAGUUUUAGAAGAAAGAAGGCAAAAUUUAAACGGGGAGAUUGUUAAUGAUAUUUUAUUGGUAAGAAACUUUCGAAAUAUGUUAUAAUUUUAUAUUUAAUUUUCGUUGGAAAUUACUAAAAAUAUAUUGAAAUACAAUGAAAAAGCAGCCUGUUAACAUUCACUUAAAUGUAAAACGUUGUGCAUAGUAGAGUACAAGAUACAGAAUUUGUAUGGUAGGGUAAGGGUACGAAAAAGUCGCACUCUGUAGGACUCUAAUGAACUAUAAGAAGUAUAAUCGACGUCUUUUAAAAAUCUUUAUGAAAUUUUGUCUCUCAUGUCGAAAAAGAAAAUAUUACAAAAACUAAUAUGAUCAAUAUGACCAAUAAGUUCGUUUUUGAACCUUGAAACAUCUAUCUUUUACAUUAAAAUUCUUAACAUAUCGAAUUAACACAGCCUUACCCUUGAAGUAUAUGAACAUAGAUGUGAAAAAGAAUUGAAAUAAAUAGAACCUUAAUUCUCCUUUCUUUUUCUUCUCUUUUUUUCUUUUCUUGGUCGGGCCAGGGGCACGUCUUCUGCCAGUGUAACUAUAAUAGCUAUUUUUUCAUUGAAUGAUCAAAGUUUAGAUGGAGAUAUUAUACUAUGUGUCAACAAGAGAACUCUAUCAAUCCAUAGCAACAUGUUUGAGGCAUACUACUGAUUGAUUAUUGAAUCAUCUAUGUAAUUCAUUAUAUGCUAUCCACUAUCUCACAAUGGUCAUAUAUAAAUGACUUUCCGAGAAAUUGAUGUUUAUCACAGUUUUUGCUGAUAGUAUCUUAUAUUUAAUUACAUGAAAGAGAAUGUCCACAUAAAUUUAUUUAUCGAGCUUCCUGUAAAUAAAUAGAUCUUGUUACUAAAGAUCAGAAUCAAAACAAAUACUUGAUAUAAAAAAUUCUACGACAAUAAAUUAUUCGAAAAGUUAAAAAAAAAAAUCAAUAACUUCAUUGAAAGACUAAAACUGACUUCUAUUCAAACAAUAUACAUCGUCCAAUCUUUCGAAUUUCUCGCCUUUCGAAACUGAAUCAAAAUUCAACAGAAUAUACUGACGAAUUCUAAAAAUUCCUAAAAUCAGUUAAAUUUUAACAGAAAGCAGUGGCGAACUCUACAUCUUACUAAAUUUAAUAUAAUUUGCAUUAGAGAAAGUGGCGAACCCUACACCUUCCUAAACUUAGUUAAAUUGCAAUUAAAGUUGAAUAUCACUUAAUUUAAAUGUAUAAGACCGGUUAUUUAUUCUUAUGUUUUUUAAAAUUUUUUAAAAUCUCAAGUCAUUUAAUAGUUUUGUCUAAAGCUCAAUUUUGUCUGACAGAUAUGUAUUUAGGGUUAGAAUAAGCGAUUAGAAUACGACAAUAGAUAUAGAUUAGUGAAUCGUUUUGUGGGUAACUGCUGGAAAUCUAUGCCAGAUUAUCGAAGUCUCAAAAACCUCUACUGGGUUUCCGGAAUCGUGAACUUUUUUCAUUGUUUUUAGGAUUCUCAAGGCCUCGAAAACCCUUUCCUGGAAACCUAUAAAGGGUUUCAUAUAAUGACAAACCCGGAAAUCUCCUCUAGGUUUUCAAGAAAAUAGAUUCUUUUUUAGAGUGUGCGUCAUUACUGUAACGAUUGAGAAAUAGAUAUGACUAAUCAAGGAGUUGAUAUCAUCAUGAUAUGGUCAAAAAAGUGAAAAAUGACCCUUGCUGGUAUUCUAGCCAGGGUGGUCCUCCCUU